AUGGCAACGGGGUGGAACCGGGCGGGGGCGCUGGGGCGAGCCUGUUGGGGAGCCGGGCCGUCUUCUCUGCUUGCAAACUGUGGGGCGACCCGCCGGGCCUUUGCCUCGGGAGCCGCGGCCAUGGCGGCCCUUAAGAUUGGUGACAAGCUGCCCAGCGUGGAAGUCUACGAGGGAGACCCUUCGAACAAAGUCAACCUGUCCAGCCUCUUCAAGGGGAAAAAGGGCAUUCUUUUUGGGGUGCCCGGUGCCUUCACCCCCGGUUGUUCCCAAACGCAUCUGCCCGGCUACGUGGAGAAAGCAGGGCAGCUGAAGGGAAAAGGGAUCGAGAUCAUCGCUUGCCUGUCGGUCAACGAUAUUUUUGUCAUGAGUGAAUGGGGAAAGGCUCACCAAGCGGAAGGAAAG